UUUUUUUUUCCACUUCAAUUUUUCCUGUCAAUGAUGUAAAAAAUGUGUUGCGGGAUUGUUACUUCCUUUUUCUUUCGCUUAUGUUAUUCCCCUAAAUGAUGCAGUCAACUUCACCAUUUAUACAAACAACUUCAGGGAAUACAAAUGGUAGUCUAAGCAGUAAACGAAACUCGUUUACUUCAUAUCGUGAAGCCUUUCGUAGAAUAGCAGAUCUCAACGAAUUGGAGCGUUACCAUGGCACAGUAAUCUUCUUCUCGCUAUUCUUCGCGUUCACAUUUCAGCUUUUCCUCAAAUUCAGUUUCUGGUCAAUGAUGGGUUUAAUACUCUCCGCAAAAACCUAUAUGUGGUCUGGUUUCUUAUACUUGAUAGGUGCGGCUGUAUGGUUGAUUCGUUCGUUGACAUUCACAGUUCUCCAACCAAACUAUUCCAGCUACCUUGCAGCACUCUUAUCUGAGUUUACCUCGUUAGAUAACCUUGUACUUUACAUAGUACAUGUAACGCUUACUUUUCUGAACAUUAAAUGCUAUUUCUGGAUUGUUGGUGAACAAUACACCUCAAGCUUUACGUUUCAGCCACCAGGCCAUUAUCUAGGUGCUUAUCAAUUGAACGUCCAACAUAUUUUUAUCAUAUUCUACAGUAUGGUAUUGUCACUUAGCUAUACUUACGAUUAUGUCAGAAAAAGACGAUAUGUAGUUAGAAUCAAUGACGUCCAGCAACCAUUUGUCUUUGAUAUAAAAACAAGUCUCGCGACUAUAUUUCAGAUUUCUACCUGUAAAGCCUUCUCAUCGUUCGCGUACAGCUACAUCAUUUUUGCUUUAUUCAAUGGAUCCUUCUACCAUUGGAUUGGUCGCAUCUUUUACUAUCAUAGCAAUGUUUUAGAUGCACCAGUCGUUGGGUUUAGAUGGAUCGAUUUGCAUUUAUUUUUACGUCUUAUCACUGGCGGUAUGCUCACGAUGUUCUUGUUCAACAUAUGCAACCGUCUGUACGAUGUCAUUUACAACAAUGUACCAGCUGUCACGGAGAGUGUAUCAAAUCCAUUUGAUUGUUUGAUGACCGGCCUUUCUUACAAAGAAAUUGAUGCUUCAGAAAGAAAGUAUGUCAAGAUGUAUGCAUUCGCGGAGCUUGCAACAAUAGCACGCAAAAAACCAGAACAGCGUAUGCAACUAUUCAAUACAAUUGGAAAAGAGCUUAAGGAUAACGCUUGGUAUGGUAUUAUGAACGAAUGUCUCAAGGUGAUUAACGAACUCAGAAACCGCAUUGAGAAAGAAUAUAACGUUGUUCAAGAAACUACUGCUCCAGUGGCACCUACCAAUAACAUAAGUACCAAUUCGCAAACGAUUAUCGGAAACAGAUUAGAAUUUGCUGAAGGAAAUGUCAUGAAAUCACGAAAGAAGAAAGAUUUAGAUUAUUUGGACGAUAGAACUCCUAUUGUGCUUUCCAACUUGGCAUCAGAAGUUGAUGAAAGACUAAUUCCAGCUACUGUAUCCUCAACAAAACAUUAUACCAACAAAUCAUUCGGUUUGAUUACCCAGAAUCAAAUCAUUCAAAUGUUCAAGGAAGUAGAAGUAAGAGUAGGCAUUAAAUCUCUUAAACCUUAUUACACCGAGACUAUGACAGGCGCUAUUCAGAGAGUGUUCAACGAAUUUCAGAUUGUGGUGUAUGCUGUGCAAUCAUUAGGCAGUUUAACGGCUGCCUCGCUGAAGGAAGAUACAUAUGGUUAUGUACAAAAUGAUAUCUCCAAGAUUGUGGACAAUCUGUUAGGAUGCUUAGUCGAUAUAGAAACCUAUCUACAAUCACCACCACCGAAAUACAAAGAUUUAAUUCAGAAUGAAGAGUUGGUUGAAGAGUCUGAAGCGGUUUUAUUAGCUUUACGGGAUGCCAUUUACCAGAUUAGAACUACAUUUGAUGAUUAUCUUGAGAGCAUUCAAGUCAGUAGAAAAUACUUGGCUAAAUGGGAAGCAUUCUUGCAUUUCAAGGAAUAAAAGAUUAAAAGAAACUAAAUCGCUAUUGUAAAUAAACUUUAAUUGUCAUUGGAUGAUACUAUCCCCAGAUUUCAUUUUUAUGCAGCCUUAUCUCUUUUUUUUCUUUAAUCUUUUGUGAACUGUUUAUUUUGGUUUUUUUUUUUUUUUUUUUUUUU